AUGGUGGUCACCUCUGGGGGCCCCGAACGGGAGAGGGAGAGAGUUCGCGCGCAGGACAAGGCGCUGAAGGAGGGCGAUGUGGCGUAUAUAGUCAACCGCAAGUGGUGGGACCAGUGGGCGCGGUAUGUGGACUACGGGGACGAUGACGUCAGCAUGGGAAGUCCAAGAAGGCACCGGCCAGGCAAAGUGGACAAUCGCGAGCUUAUACCGGACGAGAACGUCGACAGCGCGCUCCAGGUCACGGAGGAGUACGCGGAGCACUUCGAGCCCCACGUCCGCGACACGCUCCGCGACGAGGACGUCCGCACGGUCUCCAAGGAGGUGUGGGAGGAAUUGCACGCGAUGUACGGCGGAGGGCCCGCGAUCAAGCGGCGCGUGAUUCCGGCGCCGGCCGGAUCGAAGGCGGCGACGCAGGCGGAGCUGUGGCCGCACGUGGUGCGCGUCCGCGGGGAGCCGUCCGGCGCGGAGGUGGCGCUGGGCAUCAGCCGCACGUGCACGCUGCGGCAGCUCUUCGGGAUGGCGUGCCGCGCGCUGAACGUCGACGGGCGGCGCUCGCGCUGCUGGGACGGCUUCGAGGCCGGCGAGAAACCCGACCUCCUCCUCAACAAGCAAGCGGUGUUCGACCAGCAGCUGAUCGCGAUGGGUCCGUCGCCGGUGAACUUCAUCGUCGUCGAGACGCGCACGGGGGACCGGUGGCCGCUGGACCCGCCCGCUGCGUCCACCCCAAGCCCGUCGGCGUCCGUCGGGCGCUCCGCCCCGGCGUUCGCGGCGACCACGCUGUCCUCGGCGGGCGCGGGCAGCAACGCGGUGGUCGAGGACGCCUCGCGCGGCCCGGGCCUCGCGGGGCUGCAGAACCUCGGCAACACGUGCUUCAUGAACUCGUCUGUGCAGUGCCUGUCGCACGCGGCGCCGCUGACGCAGUUCUUCGUGUCCGGGGACUUCCAGCGCGACCUGAACCGCGAGAACCCGAUCGGGUGCGCGGGCGAGCUCGCCGAGGCGUACGCGGACCUCGUCUCCAAGCUCUGGGCCGGCGGCGUGUCCGUCGUCGUCCCGCGCGGCUUCAAGUCCAAGCUCACGCAGUUCCGCGCGCAGUUCGGAGGUUAUAGACAGCAGGACUCCCAGGAACUGCUCGCCUUCCUGUUAGACGGCCUGCAUGAGGACCUCAACCGCAUCAAGGCCAAGCCGUAUAUCGAGGAGAAGGACGCCGACGGCCGGCCCGACGCGGUCGUCGCGGACGAGGCGUGGUCCGCGCACCGCGCGCGCAACGACAGCUUCGUGGUCGACCUCUUUCAGGGCCAGUUCAAGUCGCGCGUCGAGUGCCCGGACUGCGGGUUCGCGACGGCGAAGUUCGACCCGUUCAUGUACCUCACGCUCCCGCUGCCGUCGGAGUCGGCCCCGCGCGUCGUCCCGGUGACGGUCGUCUCGGCGAACGGCUUCUGCGUGCCCCUUAGCGUGGCGCCGGAGGUCGCGGGGUCGCACACUGUCGCGGACCUGACCGCGGCGGUCGCGCAGAUGCUCGGGAUCGGCCAGGACGAGGCGCUCGUCGUCGCCGAGGGCUUCAACGACAAGAUAUACCGCCACAUCGAAUCAUCGGAACCGGUGUCUACGAUCAGGGAGGAAGACACGAUUUACUGCUUCCGCGUGCCGCGGGACGCGUACGAGGCGCCGGGGGCGCGCACGCUCGUGCUGUACCAGAACGUGCCGGGCGGGCCGGCCGCGGGGGAGGCAGUGGUGCCGGUGAUGGUUGUAGCGCCGCCGGCGCCGCCCGCGGAUGUGCGGCUGGGCGCCGACGGCGCGCGCGUGGCGCUCGCGGAGGAGAUUUCGACGCUGAGCGGGCUCGUGUUCCGCGCGCUGACGCCGUUUCGGCGACCGGGGGCGGAGGACGCCGACUGGGUGGGGGGGGGCGUCGCGGCGGCGCACGACGCGCCGGAUGCCGACGGCGGCGGCGGCGUGGUGACGCGCGCGCGCGCGAAGGACGUGCCCGCGGAGCUGCGGCCGGAGCGCGGCGGCGAGAAGCACCAGCGCCUGGACAGCGACGGCCGCAUGGUGGUGGGGGCGUCGGGGACUCCCGGGGGGGUGUCUGACGGCGUGGGCGCGCUCGACAUCUGGACGAAGCAGCACGAGGGCGAGCAGGCGGCCGCCGCGCUCGACUCCGCGAUCAGCAGGUCCUUUGUGCUGCGCCGGACCGACCGCAUGCGCACCACGCACGCGCCGCUCACGGCCGCCCCGCCGGUGCGCGGCGGCGCGUCGUACGCGCCGAAGCGCGACCGCGCGGACAGCUGGCAGUACUUCGAGGUGAGGUGGCGCGCGGGCGUCUGGGAACAGGCCUACGACCUCACAGGCCUGUGGCGGCCCGGCGAGCACCCGAGCGCGAAGGAGCUGCGCGAGGCGGGCGGCCCCUUCGCCGGCGCGGGGUCGCGCGGGGGCGGCGCGGAAGGCGGCGUCGCCAUCGACGACUGCCUGGCGGCGUUCACAAACCAGGAGACGCUGGGCGAGAACGACAGCUGGCGGUGCCCGAAGUGCCGCGAGUUCGUGCGGGCGUACAAGCAGAUGCACGUGUGGCGGGCGCCGGAGAUCCUCGUCGUGCACCUGAAGCGGUUCUCCUUUACGAGCGCGUGGCGGGACAAGCUGGACACGCGCGUGGCGUUCCCGCUCGAGGGGCUCGAUCUCGCGCCGUAUAUCCUGAGCGAACCGGAGGAGCGCGGCGUCGUGUACGACCUCUUCGCGGUCUCCAACCACUACGGCGGCAUGGGUGGCGGCCACUACACUGCAUACUGCCUUCACAGGGAAACUGGCAAAUGGCACUGCUAUGACGAUUCUAGAGUGACCGAGGUCGGCGACGACGACGAAGUCGUCUCGCGCGCCGCGUACCUGCUCUUCUACCGGCGGCGGGAGGCCGGGCAAGCGUCGUCGCGAGGGGCUGGUGGGCGAGCGGAGGGCAACGGCGCGCCGGCGCGGAUAUCCACGCGGGCGAGCGCAGGGCGAGGCCGCGUCGCGUGA